CCGGAUGCUGACCCGGCGCGCGGGUGACGGCCAGCGCCUGCGGGCGGGAGGAGGAGCUGCCCGAGCGGGCGGAAAGGGGCGUCUCAGUUGGCGCUCCAGGCUCCAAGUUCUCGGCCCGUCUCCGGGCCGCGGCCCUCGACGGUGUUUAAACCUGGCCUCCCGGGCCGCGUCCCUCGGAGCGGGAGGGCUGGCGUGCGCCUGAUCGCCGGGCUCUUCGUUGGUCCCGGUUUAGCAUAUCUGAAGCCAGACAUUCCCUUUAAGAAAUGCUUUGCACGAAAGUGCCAGUUCGCAGGCGCCAGCGGGUGCCCCGCUGCCGUCCAGGCCUCGCGUACCAGGUGGGCCUCGCCGCCUGCAAGCCGCGGCGUGGCCCCGACGGGACGGCGGGCGUGCACUGAGCGCCGGAGUGGGCGUGCUGCGAGGCUACAGGCGAGUUCAGCCUUGAAAUUUAAAAACAAUGGAGAAGACUCAAGAAACUGUCCAAAGAAUUCUUCUAGAACCCUACAAGUACUUACUUCAGUUACCAGGUAAACAAGUGAGAACCAAACUUUCACAGGCAUUUAAUCAUUGGCUGAAAGUUCCAGAAGACAAAUUACAGAUUAUCAUUGAAGUGACAGAAAUGUUGCAUAACGCCAGUUUACUCAUCGACGAUAUUGAAGACAACUCAAAACUCCGACGUGGCUUUCCAGUGGCACACAGCAUCUAUGGAAUUCCAUCUGUUAUCAAUUCUGCCAAUUAUGUAUAUUUCCUUGGCUUAGAGAAAGUCUUAACUCUCGAACAUCCAGACGCAGUGAAACUUUUCACCCGCCAACUCUUGGAACUCCAUCAGGGACAAGGCCUGGAUAUUUACUGGAGGGAUAAUUACACUUGUCCUACUGAAGAAGAAUACAAAGCGAUGGUGCUACAAAAGACAGGUGGACUGUUUGGAUUAGCAGUAGGUCUCAUGCAGUUGUUCUCUGACUACAAAGAAGAUUUAAAGCCAUUACUUAAUACACUUGGUCUCUUUUUUCAAAUUAGAGAUGAUUAUGCUAAUUUGCACUCCAAAGAAUAUAGUGAAAACAAAAGUUUUUGUGAAGAUCUAACAGAGGGAAAAUUCUCAUUCCCUACUAUUCAUGCUAUUUGGUCAAGGCCUGAAAGCACUCAGGUGCAGAACAUCUUGCGCCAACGAACAGAAAACAUAGAUAUUAAAAAAUAUUGUGUACAUUAUCUUGAGGAUGUAGGUUCUUUUGAAUACACUCGGAAUACUCUUAAAGAGCUUGAAUCUAAAGCCUAUAAACAAAUUGAGGCACGUGGUGGGAACCCUGAGCUAGUGGCUCUAAUAAAGCAUUUAAGUAAGAUGUUCAAAGAAGAAAAUGAAUAAUAUUAAGCCAUUCUUGAUUGGGCUAGAUAGCUUCUUUUAGUUAAUUUGCUUUUCUUUUAGCCUGUCACCUUAUCACAAAUUUGGACCAAGGUUUAGUCUUCAAAAACUGAGUACAUAGGGAUGGUCUGAGUGAAACUGUUUUAAUGUAGAAACCCCUCCAUAUAUGUAAUACAAAGCUGAAGGAAUGGAAAAGAAUCACAUUUAUAUAGGUCUAAUUUGACUGUCAGAAGUUGUGGCAGGACAUUGUGACCAGUCUGCCAUACUACCGUAAAUGUUCUAUUGAUUAUGUCAAUAAAAAGGACUAGCUUCUAGGAGUUUUUAUCUAAAUACUUACUAAGCAUACUACAUUAGCAGUUCCCAGUUCAUCUACCACACUUCCAAACUGAUGACUACUUAAGACCGAUUAACUAGCUGACCCAAAGACCACAAAUUCCUCUUUUCUCCUGCUGAAUAUAUCUCAGUAUUGUCUGAAAGUCCCCUUUCUAGAGUAUUCUAUGAAAAGACUGAACAAGCAAAAAACAGUAAAUAUUGUGUUCUCUCUCCUAUUCUCCUCCUUUUUUCCUUUCUCUGCAACCUACGUUUCUUUUUUGUUUGUUGGUUCAGACUCAGGGCCUCAAACAUGCUAGGCAAGUGCUCUAUCACUAAGCUACAUCCCCAGCCCCAUAAGUUUGAUUUUUAACAGAAGAAUCCCAUUUAAUGAAAUUCACAUGCUAAUCCAAAUUCUUUUUUUUUUCCCUUUGUAACAUUUUUGUGCCACAAUACGAUUAAUAUCUAGGUACAGAAUUGUCUUUCCAUUUGAAUUUUUUACUUCAUUUAUUUGCAGUGCUAGUGACUUACAAACUCAAGGCCUCCUACAUUGCUAAGCAAGUUCUGUAGUGCUGAGAUAUAACUCCAGCCCCCAUCUUUCCAUAUGGGAAAGAAAAAAAAUCACAUAGAGUAAAUUUUAGGAGGGAGCUUCUUAACCUGUUAUACAUCAAUCAUUGAUUGUAAAGAGCUGUUUGAGUACUUCCAGUACUAAAUGGGUAAUGCCCUUUUCUAUCCCAACCACAUCAUCACCCCAUUCCCCUUGAAGGCAAUAAGUGCUUGAAUGGAAAGAGAAUAGACACCUUUAAUCUCUGAUUAAAGGAAACAAAGUGUUGCCCUGACAGUGUGGCUGACCAGUAGUAAAGGCUUUACCAUCAAGCACUGGAUAGCUUUUUUAGAUCCCUAACCAUGACCCAGUUAUCUCUAUAGUGUCAUUUCCAGACCUGAGUCACUGGUGCAUUCUGUGGCCCAAGAGGUACGGGGCAAAAGACCUUGAUUCCUGUAUUAGAAGUGUUGACAUCCUGGGGCUGGGGAUGUGGUGCAGGGGUAGGGUGCUUGCCUAGCAUGUAUGAGUCCCUGGAUUUAAUCCCUAGCACCACCACCACCAAAAAAAAAAAAAAAAAAAAAACCAGAA